AUGGGAAAAGCGAACAAGACCAUGCUGCAACUGCAAAAAGUCAAAGCUGCGACAUGUCAGUUUGUCACAAAGCUCCCCUCUUUAAAACUUCCGGCAUUAGAUCGUGAUAACCAUCGAUCAACAACAACAGCAACAUCAUCAUCGCCGUCAUCAUCAUCAAUAUCAGCGGCAGCGAGUGCAUCCACAUCAGCUAUACCAACAACGACAACGUCUUCUAAAUCUUCCUUCUUUGCAUCUACUAGUACGGGACGGCCGUUGAAUUCAAUACAUCCAAUAAGUCUUCUGAAUAAUGUGCACAAUGCAACACGAUCCGAUGCAUCACAACAUUUUGGCCAAAGAAUAGUACAACCACUGAUACCAGCGCACCUUCCAGGGCCAGUAUUGCCAAGUAGAACAUUACAUCCCCCAGUGGUUGCAACAGAGAACACGUUUCAACAUGUAAUAGCACCGCUGCGGCCAAAUUUACCUACUACUAAUGCCGCCUUGAGCCGACAGCAUCUAAAUACGUCCAUGAGUAAUGGAUACGAUUGGAAACUGCUGAUUGAAGAACGGAUGAACUCAUUCGAUAGCAAAAUAGACGGAAUCAUGGAUUUUCUUAAAUCAAGUCAAAAUCGAAUACAACAGAAUCAACUUCCUAUGCCGCAAAAUAAGUCACAACCGCAGCACUCGCUAAACAAUGAGUACCAAACACGAUCUGAAUUGAGUCAGCAAGAUUUUUUACUAUCGUCGACUUCUUCUGGAAUUCGGGAAAACUCGAUAUUGCCAUCAAAUUCUCCGCCAUUGCGACCACCACAUCCACUGCAACCGGCGUCGUUAUCAUCGACAUCCCCAUCGUCGUCAACAUCGUCGCCGUCGUCUUCAAUAACGCAUUCUCCAAAAGUAACAUAUUCUUCUGUCACAACUAAUUCAAACUUGAAAAGACCACAUGCAGAGGAUCAUCUUCAUGCUGCAAGUAAAAGACAUAAAGUUUUAGAUUUGAACGCUCUUAAUCGUCCCCCAAUCCCAAAAGACUUUCGAGAUGGGUUUAUUACCAAAAAAAAUGCUAAAGAGUUGUUCAAGUUUUUUGACACAUACAUUUCACAGCAACUAUUUGGCUUUGAAAUUUCAAAAUUCAAAAUCAACGAAAUUUGGGACACUUGUCCUGUGCUUGUGUGUGCUGUUUGCGCCAUUGCUUCAAUCCACCAUCCCAAGCUAUGCAAAAAAUCCGAGCAAUUGCAAGUUUAUCUUCGGGAGCUUUGUGGAACUCUAUUUUUCUUAAACCGACCAAAGCUGAAACCAGAGGCAUACAACACAAUUGUUGCAUUGAUAUUGUGUAGCUUUUGGCUUUCUGACUCUCAAAUGUUUACUGGUUUGGCUUUGCAGAUUGCUAAAGAAUAUGGCUUUAAUAAAUCAUCUAAUCCCAAUAACGAAAAAGGGCAAGAGCAAAGCACGAGGAAUAGUAAGGAAGAUUUAAAAUUGUGGUAUUUAUUGUAUGUAUUAGAUGGACAACAGAGCAUGGCUUUUCACAGAGACCCAUUGUUCAAUGGCCAAGAAUAUACAUUAAAGCACAGUAAAGAGCUUUUGAUUUCAGAAAAAAGCGGUAGCAAUAGUGGUGAUGAAGGUGAUGAAGGUAAUGAAGGUAAUGAAGGUAAUGAUGAUGAUCAUCAUCAUCAUGAUCAUGAUGGUAAUGCAGAUUUAGAUGUUUCGAAGAUUAAACAACCGUCUUUGUCAAGUACAACUACUACGGCCGCUGCUGCUGCGGAGACUAAAGCCAAUACUAGUGGUGGAGUUAAAUACAAGGCCAAGUCCGAUAGUGAAAUUCAGUCACGAGUUAUUAAACAACAAUUAACGGAUUUGCGCUUAGUAUCACAAGUUGAGUACCAUCAAGCUUUGAAUGAGGCGUUUCGUGGUGAUGCGUGGGAUUUACUUAUGCCGGCCUCAUUUGGCAUUCCUUCCAAAAGCAAUCUUGAGUUGGACAAAUGGAUGGUCUCCUGGACGGUACUUUUGGCCCCUGGAAAUUAUGGUGCAGUAUGGUCGUCAAAAAGUACACUCAUUUAUUACAAUUUUGCCAAGAUGCACAUAAACUCAUCAGCGGUAAGGAAGUUAGCUAUUAAUCCUACCGAGGAUGGAUCAUUUCCUACUUUGGAAGAAAAUCUAAUUAUUGGAGACAAAAAAGGUGAAAAUAUAAAUACCUUGAAUAAAAUAAGGCUGGAGGAUAACAAGCCUUUGAAAUUAAACAAAAGCGGACGCAUCGACGAUGAUGGAGAUACCGAUGAUUCUGAAACCUCCGAUGAAGAGGAUGAGGAUGAUGAGGAUGAUUUCAUAUCAAACAAAGAGCUACUUUCUCCUGAUGAAGCAGCAAUCAAUGCCAACAUUGCUCUUAAUGCUGCACACACGGUCAUCAAUUUGGUAAUCACGGAUAAGGACAUUCUUGAUAAUCUCCGUUAUGUACCUGUGCAUAUCCACAUUAUGUUAUACUAUGCAGCAUUACUUUUGAUAAACCCUCCGUCUCGAUCCAAUAAUGUUUCAUUCAUUUAUACAGCAGAGACAUACUACGACGAACUAUUGGAUAAUUUAAGAGUGGUCAAUUUGCUUCGUAAAAGAAUUUACAAUAACUUGCCUAUUGACUCGAAGUUUGGAACGAGAUUAAUCAAGAGAUUGGAAAGUUUAGAGCUGGAGAAAUUAGCGACGAUUCAGCAAUUUGUUGCGAAAUUGCUGGACUCGGACAUCAAAAGUUCAAUGGAAAAGAAAGUAAAUGCACUUUUGGACCUGAGUGGAAACAUCGAAGAAUUGAUCGAUACAAACGAUAGUGCAAACGAUAGUAGCAAAGCAUCUACUCCAAGAUUGGAGAAAAUCAGUGCUUGGCCAGGUUCAAACCAUGGACAUCCAUAA